GAUAGGAGGUGAGGUAUCAUUAUCAUCAUCAGAAGGAAAAAGAAACUAUGUGGUGAAGUUGAGCUCCAACUCCAACAAAACAAAAAUGGCGCUACAAACACAAUUCGUAACUUCCUUCACCACCAAACUACAACACUCAUUCUCUCCCACCUUCACAAUCAAAUCCGAAAAACCAUCUGAACCGUCCGAUUCAAUUCCCAACAAAACCGGUGUGGGUUUUGGUCCAUCAAAUGGCAACAACACUAAAAGGAAACAGAAGGGGCAAAGAGAUAGAGCUUCCAUAAUUCGGCGUAAUCCGGUUGAAAAACCUGCUUUCGUUUCGGAACAAUUACAACAACAACCACAAGUUCAAGAAGAGAGUGCUGUUGAAAAAGGUUUCAUUCUUGCGUGGCUUGGUUUUGGUUCGGUUAUUCUUGUUGAGGGUAUUGCUCUUGCUGCUUCAGGCUUUUUUCCAGAUGAGUGGGACAAUUUCCUUGUCAAGUAUCUCUAUCCAUCCUUUACCCCUUCAGUGUUAUUGUUUCUUGCUGGAGCAGUAGCAUUUGGAGUGGUGAAAUAUAAGCAGAAUGAGAAACUCACGGAUCAAAAAUAGUGUGUUUGAUGUCAUAAUGUUAGAAAUCUCUAAUGUCUGGAAAAAGUACUAUGAGUGACGAUGAUUGCAAUCCUAUUCUGGCUUCAAUUUACCAGAAUCGAAGAUGACAGGUGACAAGAAUGAUGAUUGAACAAUUUCUGUUGGAUCCUAAGCAGCAACCCCAUAUUGCAUCAUAUGGCCAAGUAAAUAAGGUUUUUGAAAGGAAUUCAAUCCCAUUUGUAAUUAAUUGGAUUACUUCUUUUUAUUAAAUUAUGUACUGAGCUCUCAUCUAAUCCCUUACACUUAAAAUCUCUUACAUUAUUAUUUCUGCCAAUUGAAACUUCCUUGCAAGAAUUCAGGUUCCAUGUUUUGUUUUA